AGGACUCUUGGACAGACACACUGAGAUCGCUGGCUUUCUCCCAGUCAGGAGACCAGAAAUACUGGAUAUGCUUGAUAUUAAAGCAGAGGUACUGGAUGACAAGUCUGGAACAGAUCUGGGUUUGAUCAAACCACACACGGAGUUUUUUCCCAGAUUACUCAAAGAGACUUUCUGCUGCUUCUGAGGAAAAUGGGGAGAGUGCAAUAAUGAAUCGGGACAUUCACUCCAGAAUUUUUAAUAACAACCUGUUGAAGAGUGACACACUAAUAGGUUGUUGUGUUUGCUUGUUGUUCAUUUUUGUAAAGUGAAGUUCCUCUGGAUCCAGUAGAGAUAUUAUUUUCUAGGUAAGGUCAAUGGUUUAUUUCAGUUGGAGACAACACUGGCUUAGAGAUGACCGGAGCCCUGCAUACUGGACUCAUACUCUUCUCCUUCAUGGUGGUAUGUGAGAGUGAGCCAACACAUACUGGGCCAGAUAGAGUGGGGGAUUCACAUGCACAACUCAGACUGGUCCAUCUAACGUCCCACUCGGCCUUCCAGCUGGUCAAUGACUCACUGGCCUUCUCCAGGGCUGAAAGCUUCUGCAGAGGCCAGUUCAGCUUCCUUGCCAAUGUGGAACAGUCAGAGGACCAGGAGGGAGCCUUGGAGCUGCUUCGGCAGACUGGAGUUCGCUUGCCUAUUUGGGUCACAGAUCCUAGCAAAGCAGCCUCCAAGCCUGUGGCUCUCUCCAAACAGUAUUUACAGUUCUCAGCUCUGAACUUCCCAAAGGAAUCCCAUGACGGCUUUGCUCGUGUCAACAUGUCCUUUCCCUCCCUGUCAUCCGUCAGUGUGUGUGUUCGAGUUCAGUGGAACCAAGAUUGGAAUGAGGUGUCCACCAUUUUUUCCUACGCUGCGCCUGUCUUUACCAAUGAGUUCCAGCUAAGAGGUCAAGUGGACAUACAGGGACGCAUCCUCCUGGCACUCAUCAUUCACGGGAAGCACCUUCCAUAUAAGGCAUCCUUCCCCAAUGAUGGAGCUUGGCAUCACAUCUGUGUCACAUGGCGCCAGAGCAGUGGCCACUGGGCUAUCUAUGUGGAUGGGGACAGGAAGGACAUGGGCUCAGGCACAGACACUUCCAGGAAUAUCUAUGGGGAUGGCAUACUCAUUCUGGGUCAGGACCAAGAUUCAUUUGGAGGGAAUUUCACAGAGCCUUUCUUUGGAAAUAUCACUGAUCUGAACAUUUGGAAUAUGUCUCUGGAAACAAAGCAUGUCCGUGCCCUCAACACGUGUUCACCAAUGACCCAGGAAGUGCUUUUCAGUUGGGAUCUUGACCACCUAAGCAGUCAUCCAGUGGUCAAAGAAGUGCAGGCCCUCCUGUUUUGCCCAGGAGUGCACCAGCAGAUGGAGCUGCAGGGCUGCAGGACUCUGCAGGGCUGGUCAGCUCAGUUACCGGUGUUCGGCCUGAGAGACUGCUCCGAUCCACUAUUGUUCAUCUGCAGGAGCAGCAGAGAGCGUUACCUGAAGAUGAAGCAGAUGAGUGACUCUCAGAACUCACAGCCCACAGCCUUUAUGAACCAUCUGAUGAAGCUCUCCAACAAAACCCAGGCAGUGCUGGGGCAGCAGCCAUCAGGGCUGAGCAGCCUAGCCCAGGCGUCUGCCCUGCUGGACAUCUCUGUCCAAGCCCUGGAGGACACACAGCAAGAGGGACUGACACCAACAGACAUGAUAUCCCUCAUCCAGCUGCUGUCUUUGGCUUCUGAUGUCCCCAAACAGCCUCUCACCGACAGCACCAACCACAGCCAAGACAACAUCCAGGAGCUCAGCCAGCACUUCAUCAGCGUGGCCGACAGCAUCAUCAGUGAAGACAAUGUCCUGAAGUGGCAGGACAUCAAAGAGGUGGUGAACGGCCCCAUGGAUGUGGUCAGGAGUAUUGACCGGAUGGUGACCAACCUGAGCCCUCACUUGAUGGCAGAGACUGAUUACCUCACCAUUCACAGACCCAAUAUCAAACUAGAGGUGCAGCAGCAGAGGCUGCAGGAAGGAUCCAGAGGAUCAAGCUUCUGUGGGCCUGAGACAGAAAAACACACCAACCUAGACUGUAUUUCAGUCCCACAUCAGAGGAUACAGGAUCUCCAUAACAACGGCUUCCAAAAGCUCACGUUGGUCAACACGUGGUAUGCCUCUCUGCGGCCUCUUUUCAGUCCUGAGGAGAACAUCACCAUGGUUCCUACUGUCACUGAUGGCAGCCAGAGGUAUUUGGGCACCUUCCUGGGCUCCUCUGUCAUAUCCACCACAGUGCUGGGAGACGACCAGCCAGUUAGCACAGCAGUUCAUUACCAGCUCCAGCACAUAGCACAGAACCCCACUGGUACUGUGUAUGAUCCAGUGUGUGCCUUUUGGGAUUUUGAUCUCACUCCAGAGGCUGGUGGGUGGUGGAAUACCAAAGGUUGUGAGGUAGUGUCCAAACAAUAUGGAAACACUGUGUGCUACUGCAACCACACCACCAAUUUUGCAUUGCUGCUGCAAGUUUAUGAGGCCCAGAGGAGCCCACAGAACGAAAAAGCUCUGCAGGUGCUGACGUUCAUCGGCUGUGGAGUGUCUCUGUGUGGCCUCCUCUUCACCUUCAUCCUCUUCAUCGCUGUGGGUGUCCCUAAAUCUGACCGGACCACCGUCCAUAAGAACCUGAUUGUUGCUCUGGGCAUUGCUGAGCUGCUGUUGAUGUGCAGUGACUGGGCGUCUGACAACGAGGCAGCAUGCUUCGUGGUGACUGCGCUACUCCACCUCUUCUUCAUGGCCUCCUUCUCCUGGAUGCUGGUGGAGGGCCUUCUGCUCUGGAGCAAAGUCGUGUCUGUCAACAUAAGCGAGGACCGCAGGAUGAAGCUCUACUACAUCACUGGCUGGGGACUACCUGUUCUAAUAGUUGGUAUAACACUGGCAGUAUCGGUGGAUGAGUACAAGGCAGAUGAUCACUGCUGGCUUAACGUGAAGACUGACACCAUUUGGGCCUUUGUUGGACCUGUUAUAUUUGUCUUGGCGGUCAAUGCAGUUGUGCUGUGUCGGGUUGUCAUGGUGACCGUUUCCAGCGCUCGUCGUCGUGCUAAGAUGCUCAGUCCAAGCUCGUCAUCAAAGAUACAGACCUUUGACCUCACUUGGGCUGUGACCCGUCCAGUUCUCAUCCUUCUGCCAGUGCUGGGUCUCACCUGGCUGUGUGGAGUGCUGGUCCAUCUGUCAGUAGUAGUUGCCUAUCUCUUCAUCGCUCUCAAUGCCCUCCAGGGCCUGUAUAUCUUCUUAGUGUAUGCUGUUUACAACAGUGAGGUGAGGAAUGCCAUAAAGAGGAUCAGAGAAAAGAGAAAGGCCUUAUCUUUCACGAACUGUUCCAAGCCAACCAGCUUCCAACCUUCCCAGAGGGCCCCAAUUACCUCCUGGGGCCGCAGUCAACCAACCCCCUCCAGUGCUGAGACCAGUGAAACCUCUGGACCCCCCAGCUCCACCUCCACAUCACUGGUCAUCAAGAAUGAGAGCUUCAGAAAGGAGAGCUUUGUGAAUUUCUCUUUAAAGUCAGCAUCAGGAAACCAAGUGGUCCAGCUGACUGGGUUCAAGCCAUCAGGUUGUUGAACCGCAAAUGGAGUGGAUCCUGAUACUCAAUUACAAUAAGAAUGCACCAGGCUGAAAGAAGAGAGGACUGGACACACACAGAUCAAACCUGAAGAAGUGCACAGCCACCAUAAACACACACACACACACACACACACACACACACACACACACACACAUACACACACACAUUCUGCUGGGAGGGAGAGUAUGGAAUAAAAUAAGCAUGAAGGAAGGAUGAAUAAGAGAGUUCCACCUUCUCUCACACUGUCACUGCUCUGUUCUCAGAUCAAAUCAGUGUUCCCUCAACUACUCACUUUCUAGGUAGCCAGAGAGUCCUUUGCAUCAAAGUCUUUGGAACAAAUAGAGUAGUGAAGGAAUGUUUUCUUUUUUCAUGGGAUUCACCAUUUAAACCAAUGUCCACUUACCAGUAUCUCUGUGACAAAGUAACAGUGCUGUCUAAAAAGAUUUUAUUGCCCGUUGCCUGAUAGUAGUUUGUAAGAUGGUGAACUGAUCUCUUCAAGGCACGGAUGAGUCUUUUGUUCUGAAAGCAAAGGGAAGACUGUUUAUGGUGUCACACUACACUCUACAGCUGAAAACACACCGGCUCCACCGCGGUGCAGCGUGUCAUGUGCCACCCCUGGCACCAAUAGGACACGUCACGCUGCAGCACAUCAACAGAAGACCACACAAAGUUGUUACUGCUUUUACCAAUAGAUCUUCUUCAUGUGUGGACACCCACUAAUUCAACUCGAUUUCUCAUGUGAGGAGCCAAUCUCCAGAGCUAUGACUUGGCAAUAUAUUUAUUGACAGUAGGACAGUGCAUGAAUUGCUGCAGGGUGGCAUGUCCCGGAACCAUGAUGUGUGUGUUGUACAGAGAAAAUAACGGGUGGAUGUUUUGACAGGCACCAUUUGGCACUGGUGUGUUUUGGCCUUAAAGGGUCAGUUCACCCAAAUUACAAACCAGUUGUGUUCACUAAGGUUUUGGGUACAGUGGGCAGAUUUUUGUUUUCUUUUGCAGUGCUCACAGCAUCAGAAUAUAGAAUUUGAAAAUAGCAGUAUGUCUUUUCAGAAGCAAUUUGAGGUGACUCCACAGACCUCCCUGUGAACAGGCUUUAUUAGAAACUUGUACAAUAGAGCUCAGACACCUCCAUGGAAACUGUAGAAAGCUGUUUUCUGUAAAUAAGUCUGUGUCAUCAGGACAUUGUAUCUUGAGCAUUGCUGUUUUCUUCCUGCAUUGUAGUGGGUGGAGAAAGAAAUCCUAAGAGCAGGUAUCUGAAACCUUCAGUAAAUAAAACUAUACACACUUUAGCAAUAUGGGUAAAGUUACCCUUUUAAAUUAAAAACAAGUAACUUCAUUGUUUUUUUUCCUUGCUUACCUACACCCACACAGAAACUAUAUUCACCAGGUAUUGCCUAACUGUCUUUACCGAAUACAUUUAGAUGGUUAUUUGGAUAGUCAACCUAUAGAUAGUUUGUAGAGUAUUUGUAACAUUUCAGCAGGUUAUUAGUUGAGAUUUAACAAUUCAAUUGUUUGGAGAAAGUUAAGUUGAUUAUAUUUGAUGAUUCACUACAUAUUCUCACAAUAGUUGAGUUGAACUUCACAAUUCUCUCAACCUAUGCUGCAUAGGUUGGAUGACUAGUUAAAGUUUAUCACAGGUACUCCAUAAAAUUACAUGCACUGAGAAUGAGGCGGUCAGCCCCUAUGUAUGUGUAAUAUUAUUACUGGGGUUAAUUCUCACUCUUCCGUCAUCUUCUGUCUGUAGCAAUAUAUUAUGGUCCAUGACAUGUUGUCUUAUACAAGUAAACUAUAAGAGAGGGAAAGGUUGUGACGUCAGUGACGUUUGAAUUUUGCAUCAAGGCCACUUAUUUUGUAGUCAGUUUGGCAGGCACAGCAAAUCACACUAUAACCCAUCAUAUCUACGUGGUUUUAACUUUACCUAAAAUAAAAAAAGACACACGUUACAUGAUGCUGACUGGUGUUUGUUAUCUACGUGUGCACGUUCAUUUUCCUUGUUGUUUUUCAGACAGAUCAUGGCUAUGUCUGUCAUUUUGCCAUGUUUUCCAUGCCAUGUCUUUGUUGCCAUAUUUUGAUGAUAUGUUUCCAAAGGUGUUAAUAUCCACCGUUUCGUUACAAGUAAAAGUGGAAUUACAGGGUUUUAGAAAGUUAAGAACACAGACGUUUGGGAAGCCAGAAUGCGUGUCUGCUCCCUCAUACCCAACCAGAAGCCAGCCCUCUGUGGUGCUGUUUGUCAUUACGGAAGAACAAUGGGAUAGCCAUCUCCUCAUUUUAAUGGGUGGCAGAAUCAUCAUAAUUUGUUGCACUGUAUUGUAUAUAUUGAGUUCAUUUUCUCCACCAAAUAACAUAAUGAUAACAUUAGCAAGGCUAAAUGUGUUCUGCUAAGUAGCUUAAAGUUAAUAAUUAGUGUAGCUAGUUAAUGCUACUUGUUGUUGUUAAGGUAAACUGUUAUUAUGUGGUGAGUCACGUUAAGGAUAAUAAUGAUGCAAACUAACUUUACAAUAACAUGCUUUCAAACAACAUUGCUAGAAUGGCUUACCAAAAAUAUUUUUAAUAAUGUUAGUGCUGCUGUGUUGACUAACUUGUUCAGUAUAUGCCUCUAUAAAUCUAGACCUUUAUCACUGCUUUAUCACUCACUUUAUUACUCCCUGAUCUGAUUACAAAUGUAGUCUGGUCAGUGAUAACAGGCUGGACCUGCCCCGUUUGGUCAUUUAUUAUGAUCUAGCUAUCUUGGAGCAAACAGGGGCUUGAGUUGAGUUAUAUGCUGCUGCUGCUGGACAGAGCCAUGAUCUGACAAGGCAAUUUGGCGCAUAUAUCUAGAUUAUUAUUUUAUUUUAUUUUUUUUUUAAAAAUCGGUCAACAUCUCGUCUCAUCUCGUCGUCCUCCGCUUAUCCGGGUCCGGGUCGCGGAGGCAGCGGCCUCAGCAAAGAAGCCCAGACAGUCCUCUCCCUAGCCACCUCCGUCAGCUCUUCCGAGGGAACCCCGAGGCGUUCCCAGGCCAGCCGGGCGAUGUAAUCCCUCCAGCGUGUCCUGGGGCGGCCCCGAGGUCU